AACAUUCGCUGCUGUGGCACCGCGGUGAACAGGCGAUGGGUGAGUAGAAGCCGAGUCUGGGACCGUCUCAGCUCCACACAUGCUGCGGUGGACGCCAGCAGCCUGACCGGAGGCCGACGCCGCGCAGUCGCUGCUCGCAGCCGCAGCCGCAGACGCAGACGCAGACAUGGAGAGGUUUUAUUCAAUGCAGAACGUCCAGACGGAAAACGAGACCAAGGUUAAAGAGUCCUUCAAGUUCGUGUCGGAGGGGAAGAAAAAUCCUUGGCGCGAUGGCAACGAGGGGCGAUCGGAGCUCUCCUGCUCCCUGAGCGUCAGCAGCGUGUCCUACACAGUCAGUGAACGCGUGGGUCCAUGGUGGGAUUUACCCUCCUACAGGAAGAGAUGGAGUCGCCAGAUCCUCAACGGCGUCUCCUUCCACGUGGACAGUGGGGAGAUCAUGGGCAUUCUGGGAAACUCAGGCUCGGGGAAAACCACACUGCUGGACGCGAUCGCGGGGAGGAUCGGGAGGCAGGGGAGGCUUCUGGGUGAGGUCUACAUUAAUGGCAGGAAGCUGAAGAGGGAGGAGUACCAGGACUGUUUCUCCUACGUCCUGCAGAGUGAUAACCUGUUGAGUUACCUGACAGUGGAGGAGACUCUGACCUACACGGCCCAGCUAGCCCUGAGGAAACACUCGGCUAAAGCCAUCAAGAAAAAGGUGUCGGCGGUGAUGGCUGAGCUGAGUCUGAGUCAUGUGGCGCACAGCGUUAUAGGAGGUCGCGUCUUCCCAGGGAUCUCAGGGGGUGAGAGGAGACGAGUGUCCAUCGCCAGUCAGCUGCUUCAGGACCCGAGAGUGAUCCUAUUGGACGAGCCCACCACCGGCCUGGACAGCAUGACGGCCAAUCAGAUCGUGGUGCUGCUGGCGGAGCUGGCGCGGAGGAACCGUAUCGUCAUAGUAACCAUCCACCAGCCGCGCUCGGAGCUCUUCAGGGUGUUCAGCAGAAUCGCUAUAAUGAGCCGUGGAGAGCUGGUGUUUUGUGGGCAGCCACAGGAGAUGGUGGACUUCUUCAGCCAAUGUGGAUACGAGUGUCCAGAGUACUGCAACCCCUUCGACAUCUACGUGGACUUCACCUCCGUGGACACUCGCAGCAGCGACAGGGAGGCAGCCACGUUCAGCCGCAUGCACGAGAUCACGUCCUCCUACCAGCGCUCGGCCAUUUUCCAGAGGAUGCUGGAGCAGGCGGAGCAGAGCCUGCAGCGGGCCGACAAGCCGCCCAUCCCCUUCAAGAGCAAAGAGUCCCCCAGCGGCGCCGCCAAGCUGGAGGUUCUGCUCAGGCGCACGGUGAGGAACCUGUCCAGAGACAGGAUGGGGGUUCUGAUGCGGCUGUCCCAGAACCUGAUCUACGGGCUCUUCGUGGUCUUUUUCGUCACGCGUUUGAACAACGACGUCAACAAAGGCGCGGUGCAGGACCGGAUCGGCAUCAUCUACCAGAUGGUGGGGGCCUCUCCCUACACCGGCAUGCUGAACGCCGUGGCCCUCUUCCCAGCGCUGCGAGCCAUCAGCGAUCAGGAGAGUCAGGAUGGUCUGUACAGCAAAUGGCAGAUGUUCCUAGCCUACAUCUUCCACAUUCUGCCCUUCAGCAUCGUCAGCGUCUUCAUCUUCUCAUCCUUUCUGUACUGGACUGUGGGGAUGCAUCCCGACAGCCUGCGCUUCCUGUGCUUCAGUGCCGUGGUCCUGGUGCCACACAUUAUAGGUGAGUUGCUCACUGUGGUGCUGUUAGGUGUGGUCCAAGAUCCCAACAUGGUCAACACUGGAGUGGCUCUGCUGAACAUAGCGGGGAUCCUGGUGGGAUCCGGCUUCCUAAGAAGCACUCAGCAGAUGCCAGUGGUCUUCCAGUGGCUCAGCUACCUGACCUUCCAGAAGUACAGCUGUGAGCUGCUCAUAGUCACAGAGUUCUACGGACUUGACUUCACAUGCAACGUUUCCAGACCUUUGCCUGGAGCCUGCAUGGUCACUCAUGGCAAUCAGAUCAUUGAUGAGGGCUAUCCUGGGGCUCCAUCUCGAUACGCACUGGACUUCCUUCUACUUUAUGCCUUUCUCCCUGCCCUCCUGCUGCUGGGCAUGAUCACCUUCAAGAUCCGAGACAAACUUGUGCAUCACUAGAACCACAGACACAUAUUUGUGGGAAAACCUCUGUGUAAACAGAAAGAGCUCGGUUCAGGUGUCUAAAUUUUCUAAUUUUAAAAUUUCUUUAAAUUAAAGAAGUAUGAUGUUGUUAAAUAGGUUGAGUUAUACUUCAGUACUAAUAUUAAAAUGUAUUAUAAAUAAACCUGCUGUUUUAUCCUUAAGCUGAGAUGAACAGAUUCAACAAACGUUUCUGUACACUUUCUAAAUGGAACAAUAUUUGCACUAAUUUCAAAUGACUGUUUUUUGUA